GAGAGUUGCUGGUGUUACUCGGAAUCUGGAAACGAGAGCAAGACUCGGAGCCUAGAAGGAAGAAGAAAGUAAUUAAAGUAUUAGUCAAAGCUCUUUGCUUUAAUUCAAUUUCUCACGAAUCAGGAGAACCCACGCAUCUUUCUCUCUCCACCCACAAAAAAAAAAUGCCAGCUUCCGAAGAUAGAAGAGGGAAAUGGAAACGGCGGAGGCGAGGCGGGAGGAAACCUAAGCAAGAGGAGGAAGACAUGGAGGAAGAAGACGACGACAACAACGAGGAGAUGGAGGACGCUGAUAAUGCCGAUGAGCUUCACCAAAACGGCGGCGCAGCACCCGAUCCGGGACCCGGUAUUAACGAAGUAGUUGAAGAUUCCGGUACUCGGAUCUCUGAUUUUCCUUCUGUAGUCAGGCGCCUUGUGAUCCGGCCACACGCUUCUGUAACGGCCAUUGUGGCGGCUGAGAGGGGUUGUUUGAGAGGGGAGAGUAAAGGGCAAGUAGGCUUGCUUCCAGCUCUGGAGAAUAUUUCUUAUGGGCAGUUACAGGCGUUGUCUACUGUACCUGCUGAUUCUCUGUUUAUUGAUCCUGAGGGGAGUGAUGGAGUGGGUUCUUCAGCUUAUGUUAUCUCUCCACCUCCUAUUAUGGAAGGAGAAGGUGUUGUUAAACGUUUUGGGGAUAAGGUUCAUGUCUUGCCUAUGCAUUCAGCGUGGUUUGCACCAAACACAGUGGAUCGGCUUGAGAGGCAAGUGGUGCCACAGUUCUUCUCUGGAAAAUCACCUAAUCAUACACCAGAAAGUUAUAUGCACUUCAGGAAUGCCAUUGUUUCUAAAUAUACCGAUAACCCUGAAAAGACACUGACGGUUUCUGAUUGCCAAGGAUUGGUACAUGGUGUUGACGAUGAAGAUUUUGCACGAGUGUUCCGUUUUCUUGAUCACUGGGGAAUUAUCAAUUACUGUGCCACGUCCCAGUGUCAUCCUGAGCCUUCCAGGGGUGUAUCAGAUGUUAGGGAGGAUUCAAAUGGUGAAGUCCAUGUGCCAUCUGCUGCUUUAACAUCUAUUGAGAGUUUGAUCAAAUUCGACAAGCCCAUCUGUAGACACAAGGCAGAUGAAGAUCAUUCGAAUAGUGAACUCCCUGACUUGGACAUAAGAAUUCGUGAACACCUGUGCGAUAACCAUUGCAACCAUUGUUCUCGACCGCUUCCUACUGUGUACUUCCAAUCGCAAAAGAAGGAGGAUAUAAUGUUAUGCACAGAUUGUUUUCACAAUGCAAGAUUUGUUGCUGGACAUUCUUGUAUUGACUUUGUAAGAGUGGAUAUAACCAAAGAUUACAGAGAUCAAGAUGGAGAAAACUGGAGUGAUCAGGAAACGCUCUUGCUUCUUGAAGCUGUGGAACUCUACAAUGAAAAUUGGGUUCAGAUUGCGGACCAUGUUGGUUCCAAAUCAAAAGCUCAAUGCAUUCUUCAUUUUCUUCGUUUACCUGUGGAGGAUGGUCUUCUGGAUAACGUUGAGCUUCCAGGUGUAACUGAUCCGGUAACAAAUGGAUAUGACCAUAAAGGAACAGAUUCAAAUGGGACUUUACCAGGAUCUUCUGAGCAAGAAUCUGACGCAGAGAUCAAUCUUCCAUUUGUGCAGUCUCCGAAUCCUGUUAUGGCAUUGGUAGCAUUUUUGGCAUCAGCUGUUGGACCUAGAGUUGCUUCGUCUUGUGCGCAUGAGUCCCUCGUGGUUUUAUCUGCAGAUGAUAGGUUGAAAUCUGAUGGCUCGCAAGGAAAAGAUCUCAGGUUGCAUGAUGGAGAGAAUCAACAGUUAGAUGAAACACCAUGCCAAAACGGAGCAGAAGCACCUACUCCUUUGCCACAGGACAAGGUUAUGGCUGCAUUUAGAGCCGGUCUAUCAGCUGCAGCAACAAAAGCAAAGUUGUUUGCUGAUCAUGAGGAACGUGAAAUCCAAAGGCUUUCUGCAAAUAUAGUAAAUCACCAGCUUAAGAGGAUGGAGCUGAAACUGAAGCAGUUUGCAGAAAUAGAAACGUUGUUGAUGAAAGAAUGCGAACAAGUAGAGAAAACCCGUCAGAGAUUUGCCGCAGAACGAGCUCGUAUGCUAUCAGCAAGAUUUGGAUCACAUGGAGGAAUCUCUCUACAGAGUAGUAACACUAAUAAUCCUCAAGUGAUGUCUCUCUCCACAGGUGGUGGUAACAACAUCAAUACUCUCCUCCAACAACAACAGCAAGUUUCAGCUGGCUCUUCUCAACCAAUCAACAUCCCGGGAUUCAGCAACAACCCGCAACUUCAUGCGCAGAUGCAGUUCAUGGCACGCCAACAACAACAACAACAGCAAGCAUUCUCCUUUGGCCCGAGAUUGCCUCUCAAUGCAAUACAGACCAAUGCAGGAUCAACGCCUUCACCGAAUGUCAUGUUUGGCAACAGCCAACUUAAUAAUAACCCUGCAGGAGCAGCAUCCAUCAACCAACCUUCAUUCACCAACCCGAUGGUUAGAUCUUCCACUGGUUCUGCCUCCGGGUCCGGCUUAGGCUUAAACUAAAAAAACUAUCUCUUUUAGCUUAUCAGUUUCCAAAAUUAUUUUGAGCUCAAGUUAUCGUCUUUGAGACCGUAGUGUUGUUAUAAAUUAGUGUAAUAUCAAACCUCUUAUUGUGAAGUAAAAACAGUUCUCUAUAUAAAAAUCGUUUGCAA